UUCUGCGAGCACAGUGAGGAAGGUUAUGUGGAUAGCUGCCUUGAUACCACUGGCUUACCACACCGUGAACGAAAUGACUGCGGUUCUCAAAGAAUACUUUGAGUACAGUGUUGCUGUUACCUUCGAGUAUGACACCAAUAGUACUUUGGAGUUUCCAGACGUUACCAUCUGCAAUAUGAAUCCAUUAAGGAGAUCAAAGCUGUGUUCCCUGACGGCGGGGGAGAGAGACAUGGAUAGGGCUAUGGACGCAAGACUGUGCGGCAUCCAGGAAGGAUUUAAAGACGUGCGUAUAUUAUGUCGCCUACUGUAUAUGACGUCAUGCGUGAAUGGUUGUACAUUUUUGCUGCAGGCAAAUAUGGAAGAUUUCCAACUCCAACAGAACCUCUCUUUUUGGUUGUCCAAGAAAGCAGGGAAGCACGCCCAGAUGCUACGUAGCUUCGGUCAUCAGUUCAACGACACAAUCGUGGACUGUACUUACGCGGACCAGAACUGUACAGACGAAAGGUACUUUCACAGCACAUUUAACGUCGACUUCGGCAACUGUUUCUGCUUUCACUGCCAGAAGAAUGAAAAAGAAUUGGCCAAGUUCUUCAGAUAUGGAUCUCUCUCGUCUCCUCACAAUGGCCUAGUGAUAACCCUCCACGCGGAGAUGAACGAGUACCUACCGACGUCAUUCGAGGCAGGAUUCUUGGCCAUGAUUCACGCCCACGACACACUGGCGUCGGAGUGUAGCGAUGGCGUCUACGUCACUCCAGGGUACACCACUUACGUCGGCCUCAACAUGAUGGCACAAACAGGUUUGCCUUACCCGUACGCCAGCGCAUGCAGAAAGACGUGGCCCAGGCAACUGAGACCAUACCUAAAAAAUCCAGCAGCUGUUUAUACGAGAGAAGAAUGUCUCAACAUGUGCCUGCAAUUAUCAGUCAUCAAGCAUUGCAAGUGCCAAGCGCAAAGCUUGCCGGUGCUGCAAGGGAUACACAAUGGAAGCCAAAUGCACGCGGAAGCCAACAGCACGUGUAUAGGUGAAGCAGCACUACAGUGCGCAGGGAAAAAGUACACCUCCCAGACCAGCAUAUUCUUGGAAAAUGAAUGCAGGUGUUCACGUCCAUGCACGGAUAUCCACUACAACAGGGAUGUAACCAUGGCGGAGUUCUCACUGAGGCGGGAUCAUGUACGAAAGAAGAGAAUCAAAGGACCUCUCACUCGGUUAGUAGUAUACUUCAAGACACUCACGUAUGAGAACAUCCGGUCGGUUCCGAAGUACGACGGAACCAGAGUCCUGAGCAACGUAGGCGGAAUCAACGGCAUGUAUAUAGGCCUCUCCUUCUAUAUUUUGUUCCAAGUUGUCGACAUUCUCAUAAUGGGAGCUUUAAAACUCAGAGAGAGAAGAAGAAAGCAGGAGGUUCCCCAUGAACCACGUCAAGGAACCCUUGCCACAGCAGGUCACGCUGAGCUAGGUUGCCGAAUGGCACGGACCACAUGGCCACACGCAGCAACGGAGACCAGAAAUUUUAGAAGUGUGGUACCACCGUUGGUUUUUAGUAUCCCCACAAUAAAUGCCAGCCUUAGAGAUAGGUAUGACAGCAACACGUAUGCGAACCAGUCAUACUUCCGGUAUAGAAGAUUACCAGCCAGAUAA